AAUGUAUAAUAGUUGAUUAGUUUAUCAGCAUUAGAUGAUUAAUAAGGAUUCAGAACAUAGACUCAGUUCUGUUGUGCAAAAGACAUGAGAAACUUCUCACUUCUAUGUGGUCAAGGCCAUACUGCUAAUUUUGCACUUCCUGUUUUAACUGUGAUGGUGUGAAUGUGAUCUAUAGAGUGUGUUCAUUAUGAUGAGACACACUGCAGCAGUCGGUCAGUGUGUGUUUAGCUCUAAUUCUCUCUUUGGAUUAAUGUGUUGGUCCUCAGGAAGAAUGCAGGUGUGUUUUCUUCUCCUCCUCCUUAUACAGCUUCAUGUCACUGAAGGCUGCAGUCUGGAAGGAAAUGGAGAGACAGAACGGAUCACUGCAUACACAGGAGACUCAGUACUGCUGCCCUGCUCCUGCACUGAGCUCCACAGAAAACCUGAGACAUUCACAUGGGAGAAAAGUACAGGUCUAUUUAACUGGACACAGAUAUCUCCUGAGAGUGAUGAGUACAAAGAGAGAUUUCAGCUGGUUAAUGAUCACUCUUCAGGAAAUCUCUCUCUGCUCAUAUCACACCUGACUGAACAGGAUGGAGGAUUUUACAUGUGUCGUGUUAAAGUGGGUGAAUACAGAUUCAUCAGUCUCACUGUUAAAGGCUGCAGUCUGAAAGGAAAUGGAGAGACAGAAGAGAUCACUGCAUACACAGGAGACUCAGUACUGCUGCCCUGCUCCUGCACUGAGCUCCACAGAAAACCUGAGACAUUCACAUGGGAGAAAUACACAAAUAACUGGACACAGAUAUCUCCUGAGAGUGAUGAGUACAAAGAGAGAUUUCAGCUGGUUAAUGAUCACUCUUCAGGAAAUCUCUCUCUGCUCAUAUCACACCUGACUGAACAGGAUGGAGGACUUUACAUGUGUGAUGUUAAAGUGGGUGAAUACAGAUUCAUCAGUCUCACUGUUAAAGGCUGCAGUCUGAAAGGAAAUGGAGAGACAGAAGAGAUCACUGCAUACACAGGAGACUCAGUACUGCUGCCCUGCUCCUGCACUGAGCUCCACAGAAAACCUGAGACAUUCACAUGGAAGAAAAGUACAAAUAACUGGACACAGAUAUCUCCUGAGAGUGAUGAGUACAAAGAGAGAUUUCAGCUGGUUAAUGAUCACUCUUCAGGAAAUCUCUCUCUGCUCAUAUCACACCUGACUGAACAGGAUGGAGGAGUUUACAGGUGUGAUGUUAAAGGGGGUGAAUACAGAGACAUCAGUCUCACUGUUAAAGGUUGCAGACUGAAUCAACAGACAGUGAAUGUGACUGGAAUCGUGGGACAGUCUGUCCUUCUGCCCUGCUCCUGCUCUGAACUACAAGCCAAACCACACACUUUCAGAUGGAGCUUUAAUAAAGGAUCUGAUGACAUAAAGAUCUUCCCAAAGGAGCAGACAAAUCUCUACACAGACAGAGUUCAGGUCUUUAAUGAUCAUCCUCCAGGAAAUCUCUCUCUACUCAUAUCACACCUGACUGUAGAGGAUGGAGGAUGGUACAAGUGUGAGAUCGAGGAAAUGACUACAGACAUCUACCUUACUCUGGAAGUAACCAGAGAGACACCUUCAAAAUCUACACCAAAGAACAAACCAGAUGUCAUAAAUACAACACCAACCCUGAUGGACAAUGAAAAAAGAUUUGAAACAGAUGAAGAUUCCAACCAAUCACCUCCUUACAACCGCGUCGUCAUAAUCAGCUCUAGUGUUGCUGCUGUUCUGCUGCUUCUGCUGAUACUCGGAGGAGUCAUGUACUGGAAAUACAGAGGACAGAGACGAGGACAGACCAAGAUCAGUGAUGGACAAACAGGACAGAGGACACACCAGAAGAAGCAGGACAUUAAUGAACCUCUGAACUUAACCGUAACCUCAGACCCUACUUAUGAAGCGGUACACAAACAGAAUGAUUCGGAUGUUCUGUAUGCAGCUAUAAAUCCUGAAACUAAACACAAGAAAGCAGAAGACAAGAAUGAUUCUGAAGUUCUGUAUGCAGUUAUAAAUCCAGAAUCUAAACUCAAGAAAGCAGUAGCAAAGGAUGAUGUGACGUACUCAUCUGUAGCCUGCAAUAACACUGUGAGAGCAGCAAACAGUCCAGUGACAUCAGAGGAUACUACAUUAUACGCCAGCAUCAAAACAAACUAACACACACACACACACACACACACACACACACACACACACACACACACUAUAAUAUCAGUGAGGUUUUUCCAUGGACUUGUGUGUUACUGCAUCUAAGUAAUACAACACUUCUAUGUCAUAAAGUUUAGAAAUUAACAUUAUUUUUUUGUGUGUUUGAUUGUAAAUGAUAUUAAAUAAUAUUUUUGUAUUUUUGUUCAUAUGAACAUUAAAUAAAUGUGAAUUUUAAUAAUAAUAAUAAUGACGAUGACGAUGAUGAUGAUGAUG